GCCCCGCCUCCCCGCCGCGGAACCGGAAGCGGAGCCGGGCGCCGGGAGCAGCGGGCGCGGCGGGGCCGGGACCGAGCGGGCCCGGACGGACCCCAGGCGGCGACGGAAUCGCUCCAGAUGCCUGGAAUUUCCUCAUCGGAUCACUGCGUUUCAGACAGGGACCUGUGAGCAGCCUUUCACCUUGGGGCGGGAAGAAAGGUCUGUGCCUUGUCGCCAUUGUGUCCUCUCCCCUGGGGCCAGUGGGAUGUGGAAAGCUUCGGCGGGCCACGCCGUGACCAUCCCCCAGGACGACGGGGGCGCCGAUGACUGGGAGACCGACCCCGAUUUUGUGAACGACGUGAGUGAGAAGGAGCAGAGAUGGGGGGCCAAGACCGUGCAAGGGUCUGGGCACCAGGAGCACAUCAACAUACACAAAUUGAGAGAGAAUGUUUUUCAAGAACACCAGACCCUGAAGGAGAAGGAGCUUGAAACGGGACCAAAAGCCUCUCACGGUUACGGCGGGAAGUUCGGCGUGGAGCAGGACCGCAUGGACAAGUCAGCCGUCGGCCACGAGUAUCAGUCGAAGCUCUCCAAGCACUGCUCCCAGGUUGACUCCGUCCGGGGCUUUGGAGGCAAGUUUGGUGUCCAGGUGGACAGAGUUGACCAGUCUGCUGUGGGCUUUGAAUACCAGGGGAAAACGGAGAAACACGCCUCGCAGAAAGAUUACUCGAGUGGCUUUGGUGGCAAGUACGGUGUGCAGGCGGACCGCGUGGACAAGAGCGCCGUGGGCUUCGACUACCAGGGCAAGACGGAGAAGCACGAGUCGCAGAAAGAUUACUCCAGGGGCUUCGGGGGCAAGUACGGCAUCGACAAGGACAAGGUGGAUAAAAGUGCCGUCGGCUUCGAGUACCAAGGCAAGACGGAGAAGCACGAAUCCCAGAAAGACUAUGUGAAAGGGUUUGGAGGAAAGUUUGGCGUGCAGACGGACAGACAAGACAAAUGUGCUCUUGGCUGGGAUCACCAGGAGAAAUUGCAGCUGCACGAGUCCCAAAAAGACUAUUCCAAAGGAUUCGGCGGAAAAUACGGGGUGCAGAAGGAUCGGAUGGAUAAGAAUGCUUCCACCUUCGAGGAUGUCGCCCAGGGGGCCCCUGCUUAUCAGAAGACCAUCCCCGUCGAGGCAGCAAACAGCAGAACCAGCAACAUCAGAGCGAACUUUGAAAACCUGGCGAAGGAGAAGGAGCAGGAGGACAGGCGGAAGGCGGAAGCGGAGAGGGCACAGAGGAUGGCCAAGGAGAGACGGGAGCGGGAAGAGGCCCGGAGGCAGCUACGCGAGCAAGCCCAGGCCCAAGCCCAAAAGCAAACCCCCCCGGCGUCUCCCACCCCUCAGCCGGCUGAGGAGAGGCCGCCCUCAAGCCCCGUCUAUGAGGACGCGGUUUCGUUCAAGGCUGAGCCGCAGCCCACGUACAGCGUGGAGGCCGCCGACUACCGAGAGGCUGGUGGCCAGCAGGGCCUGGCCUACGCCCCGGACGCCGUCUACGAGGCCGCGGAGGCCCCGGGCCACUAUCAAGCAGAGGAGAACACCUACGACGAAUACGAAAACGACCUUGGGAUCACGGCUGUCGCCCUCUACGACUACCAGGCUGCGGGUGACGACGAGAUCUCCUUCGACCCCGACGACAUCAUCACCAACAUAGAGAUGAUCGAUGACGGCUGGUGGCGGGGGCUCUGUAAGGGCAGGUACGGGCUCUUCCCGGCCAACUACGUGGAGCUGCGGCAGUAGGCCCGCCGGCCCCGCGCCACGCGUCACUCCCGCCGUCCGUGGGUUUCCGGGGCCGGGAGGGCCGUGGACGUACCGCUUUUAUAUUUAAUAGUUCUGCUGAUGCUUUUGGAAAUGUUUAUGCCACAGAAUUUGCUAAUAUAUUGUAAUCACGUUCCUUAGGAGGACUUUGGUCAUUGAUUUUACGCAUUCGAGGUAUUUUCUUUCUUUUUCUUUUCCUUUUUUUUUUUUUUUUUUUUUUUUUUGCCAAAUCGUCACAUGGAGCCAUUUGGGGGACCGUUAGUUCUCCUGAGGGCGUGGUGUUGUCCUCGCCCCUCGGCGGCGGCGUUCGGGGCCCCUGACGGACGUGGUCGUGUGGGUGUCGGGUGGGGCUUGCCGUCCCAGGAGGAGGGAGGCCUGACGGGAGGUCAGGACCAAGGGGAGGGUAGAGGGCGGUGGCUGUGUCUCCAGAUGGGAGCACCCUGUGCUGGGAGGCCCCCGGGACUUGUUCCCCAGGCCCGGUCCCCCUCCCGCCUCCCUCCCCCGACUGCCGCCGCCCGCCAAGCAGUGUCCCCAGUGUGUUACCGGAGGGCCUCCCCUGGCCGCACGCGGCUCUGCGUCUGUUGCGUGAGAAAACGGCCACCACUGCGGGCAGGCAGGUGCCAUCUCUGCCGUAAACUGCCAGAAACGUUCUUCCUGUCGAGGCACCCCUGCGCUUUGUGCCCAAAUACCGUGUCAGGACGGUAGGAUGGGAUUGGCGGACUCGGCUAAGAAGUGGGGCGGAGAGGGACUUCUCCCGGCCAGGAUGUCCCCCGCGGGUGCUGCACGGGGGGCCAUCGCCCUCCUGGGGGCCUGGCGGCCGGGUCCGCGCCUGCCACGGUCACAGUGGUGUCUUCCCAGGUCUGUGGGGGGGCGGUCUCCGGAGUUCGAGAUGUUGGCGUCCGUUUCCUGGAGUGCAUUUCUGCAUAGUCCUUGCUUUACCACGGUUAGGUUGGGUUUUAUAUGCAAUUAUUGUAUCUAAGUUUCUGUAGCACACGUCCUAGGUAUGUUUUUUUUUUUUUUUUUUAAUUAAAUAUUCAAAAUAAACUUUUUUUGAUCCA